CGGUGGCAAGCUAGGGUCGGGGCUAUGGCCAAACAUCAUCCGGACUUGAUCUUCUGCCGCAAGCAGGCCGGUGUAGCCAUCGGAAGACUGUGUGAGAAAUGUGACGGCAAGUGUGUGAUCUGUGACUCCUACGUGCGUCCCUGCACCCUGGUGCGCAUCUGUGACGAAUGCAACUACGGCUCCUACCAGGGGCGCUGCGUGAUCUGCGGCGGCCCCGGGGUCUCCGACGCCUACUACUGCAAGGAGUGCACCAUCCAGGAGAAGGACAGAGACGGUUGCCCCAAGAUUGUCAAUUUGGGGAGCUCUAAGACAGAUCUCUUCUAUGAAUGCAAAAAAUACGGCUUUAAGAAGAGGUGAUUGGUGGGUGUCUCCUUCCUUCCCCCACCAAGCUGCCGCGGCUGCCAGAAAAGACACCUACGACCCAGCAGAAGGGAGCCCAGCCCGGAGCACCCACCACCUUGCCGCUCUCCCUCUCCCCCCACCCGGGAUGGGGUGGACGGAAAGGGUUCUUCACAGCCUCCUGGCUGGCUUAGGAGGGAAGAGGUGAUCAUGAAUUCAAGAAGGGCCCUGUUCCCCACGCGGAUGUGUUCUGUCUGCACCGAGAGCUACAUGGGCCUGGACCAUUUCAGCCUCCUGUCUGAGCGCUGACCACA